AUGCUUGGGCUUGACGACGACAACCAGCCUAUCUAUCAAGUGGUGUGGCGCAAACCGGUGCGGCGGAGAUGGUGGUUGCUAGCCGCUAUGGCGUUCAUGGUGUUCACGUUCCUUGGUCUGUUUGUUCGCUACCAAUCGAUUCUAAGCAAACAACAACAAUUGGAAGUUCGCUUUUACACUCAGAACAUCAGAUUUGACAACCAAAAUUUGGACAAGGGUGAGCAACCGUGGCUGGAGCGCAAGCACCAACUUAUUCGCUCUAUCGAAAUCAAUGCUGGCACCGCCACUCAGCCGGUAGUGGUGGGGCUCCAAGAAGUACUCUAUAACCAAUUACAGGAUGUACUCGCCGAGUUGAACCGUCAUGAUCUGGGUAAGUGGCUGUAUUUUGGUAAAGGCCGUGAUGAUGGCGAACACGGAGGCGAGUUUGCCCCCGUGCUCUAUCAACCCCGUCAGUGGAAGGUUAAGGAUAAACAGGUUUACUGGCUUCUGCCGACACCCGAUCGGCCUUCCAAAGGGUGGGAUGCGGCAUUGAACCGGGUGGUGACCGUGGUGACGUUGACACUGAAAAUCCAGCCCAUGGUGACCAUUAAAGUGCUUGUGACUCAUUUUGACCACAAGGGCGAAGAAGCCAGACGGCACGCCGCGUCAUUUAUUGGCGACAUUAUGACCAAUUCCACCGAGCCAGCAUUUUUGCUUGGAGACCUCAAUACUGAGCCUGAUGAUGAACCUUAUAAAGUGCUUCAUCUGUUAGGAUUAAGGGACUCGAAGAAGUUGGCUGGUAAGUACGCUUUUGGAGAAAAGUAUACCUACACCGGCUUCAAUCAUGCCAAGGAAGAAAACACCUUGAUUGACUACAUCUGGGCGCCUCACCUGGCGUUUUAUCGUAGCUCUCUUGAUGAGGGUGAAGUUGAGCAAUCAGCAAGAGAUGAGGUGGAAGUGGAGCUCCAACGAUUUGGUGUCUUAGCCAACUACUACCAGGGCCAGUAUUUUAGCGACCACCGGCCUGUUGUUGCUGACUAUCGCAUCACCUCGACUCUGUUCGGUAACAACUAA